UGGGGAUGCUAUCAGCUCUACAAUAGUCCACAUGCCCAUCCCAGAUACACUCACUAGCGCUGCAGGCAGUUGUGGACAUACCACACAUGAGCACACAGACACAAGUGCCAUGGCUGAGCAGGCAGAGGGGGAUGUGGGCAGCUGGGGAGUAGAGCAGGUGGCCCGCUGGCUGGAAGCAGAGGGCUUCCCUGACUACGUGCCCCUCCUGUGUGACCAACACCGCCUGGACGGGCCGAGCCUGCUGAGCCUGAGGGAGGACGACCUGCGCACUCCUCCGCUGCAGAUGACCGUGCUUGGGGACAUCAAGCGCCUUAUGCUGGCCAUGACCAGGUUACAAUGCAGACAUCCCCUCACUGUCCAUGAACUAGGCCUCACACAUCACAUUGAACACGACAUGCAGGGAACCAAAUACAGUGCAGUGCAGUGCAAUGGGAGACACGAAAGCCAUGUCUCUGAGGGCACAGCGUACUCAAGACUACAGCCUUCUUUCCAGAGGAGCUCUGAACAGUGGCACCCGUUUGCCAAUGGGAAAUGGAGGAACACACGGUUAGACCCGGAAUACUGGAAGACGGCACUCAGUGCUGUCUAUGCCAUGUUUGUUUGUGGAGUUACCGCUUUCGUCAUGGUCAUUGUUCAUGAGCGAGUACCAGACAUGCGCACAUAUCCUCCUCUUCCUGACAUCUUCCUGGACAGUGUACCCAGAAUUCCGUGGGCUUUUGCCAUGGCCGAAGUAUGUGGAUUAACCCUUGGCAUCAUGUUCAUACUGGUUCUACUUUUACACAAGCACAGGUCCAUUUUAUUCCGCCGGUUCUUCUCCCUGACUGGGACAGUCUUUCUCCUGCGCUGUGUCACCAUGCUCAUCACCUCACUCUCUGUGCCGGGAACGCACCUACAAUGCUCAGAGAAGAUGUAUCUUGACACUUGGGGCAAAAUUGAGCGAGCCUUGACCAUCUGGUUUGGCCUUGGAAUGACCCUGACUGGAGUCCACACCUGCGGUGACUACAUGUUCAGCGGACACACAGUGGUCCUGACUAUGCUCAACUUCUUCAUUACAGAGUACACUCCACGAGGCUGGUAUUUUGUCCACACUGUGUCCUGGGUGCUAAACCUCUUUGGGAUCUUCUUCAUCCUGGCUGGUCAUGAACACUACUCCAUCGAUGUGUUCGUGGCCUUCUACCUGACCACUCGUCUGUUCCUCUACUACCACACGUUGGCCAACACACGGGCCUUUCAUCGGAGCCGAAGGGCCCGGGUCUGGUUCCCCCUCUUCUCCUUCUUUGAGUGCAACGUGGAGGGUUACGUGCCCAACAGCUACUCCUGGCCUUUCCCCAGACCUCACCUGCUCAAGAUCAUUAUUGGCUGAAAAACACACACACAACAAAAGAACAAUACAGGUUAAUUUAGCACUAUGAUGAGAUUAUGGUCCUAAUCUAUUCAGACUAUAUAUUCUCAAAGCAGUGUUGAAUUUACAUUGGAUUUGAGGCUCUUUUGUUGUUCAUGUUAGCAUGCUGUGAGGUGUGUGCAGCGGUCCAAUACUUUCAAUCGAAAAAGGAGUUGCCAUCACACAGAACUUCUAUGUACUGUACCAUUGGUUGGUAAACAAAAUUAAUGUAUGGGCUUGGCCAAUGCUAUUUAUUUAUUUGAUAUUUAUUGAUUCUGGGCCAGAAAUACUGAGUGUAAUGUACUAAAGGGUUCAAUAUUUAAUAAAUGUACUGUAUCUUAAAGCCCACUAACAAAUACAUUAAA